GUCGUCCUGAGGUCAGUGGACAACUUUUUGCCUUUGGUUUGGAAUUCCUCAUAUCACUGGUGCGUCCGCUUUUGGGGACCGGCGAGGAGCUGCCACCAUGUCGCGCUAUGACAUGAAGGACUUCGGGGAGGCUGCACCGUUUUUACGCAAAACGGACCUGGAGCUGAUGGCGGUGCAGACUGUCGCUUUUGACGGUAAGAAGCGAGCCUGGAUCCCUGAUGAUAAAGAGGCGUACAUUGAGAUUGAGAUCAAGGAGAUCAGCGGUGACAAAGUCAUUGUUGACACCAAAGAUGGGAGGACCCUGACAGUGAAGGAAUGUGACAUCCAGCAGAUGAACCCUCCUAAGUAUGACAUGAUCGAAGACAUGGCCAUGCUGACACACCUCAACGAGGCUUCUGUGCUGUUCAACCUGCGCAAACGCUACUCCGCCUGGAUGAUCUAUACCUACUCCGGGCUCUUCUGUGUGACGGUAAAUCCAUACAAAUGGCUGCCCGUCUACACAGCCCCUGUGGUCUCUGCCUACAAAGGCAAACGCCGCACUGAGGUUCCGCCGCACAUCUACUCCAUCGCAGACAGUGCAUAUAAUGACAUGCUGCGCAAUCGGGAGAACCAGUCCAUGCUCAUCACCGGAGAAUCCGGUGCUGGCAAAACUGUCAACACGAAACGUGUCAUUCAGUAUUUUGCCAUUGUGGCAGCCAUUGGGGAAACAACUGCCAAAAAAGGACAAGGUCCUGCCACCAGAACAGGGGGGACUCUUGAGGAUCAGAUCAUUGAGGCGAACCCUGCCAUGGAGGCGUUUGGUAACGCCAAAACGCUGAGAAAUGACAACUCAUCCCGUUUUGGCAAGUUCAUCAGGAUCCACUUCGGACCUACUGGCAAACUGGCCUCAGCUGAUAUUGAUAUAUAUCUUCUGGAAAAAUCCAGAGUGAUAUUUCAGCAGCCUGGUGAGAGGAGCUACCACAUCUACUACCAGAUCAUGUCGCAGAAGAAACCAGAACUGUUAGACAUGCUGCUGGUGUCCUCCAACCCUUACGACUACCACUUCUGCUCCCAGGGCGUGACCACCGUGGAGAACUUGGAUGACGGACAGGAGCUGAUGGCCACUGACCACGCCAUGGACAUCCUUGGCUUCCUGGCCGACGAGAAGUAUGGCUGCUAUAAAAUAGUUGGAGCCAUCAUGCACUUCGGCAACAUGAAAUUCAAGCAAAAGCAGCGCGAGGAGCAGGCGGAGGCUGACGGCACUGAAAGUGCGGACAAGGCCUCAUACCUGAUGGGCGUCAGUUCAGCUGAUCUCAUCAAGGGCCUCCUGCACCCAAGGGUGAAGGUGGGGAAUGAAUAUGUGGUGAAGGGACAGAAUGUCGAACAGGUUAACUAUGCUGUUGGUGCUCUGGCCAAAGCCACAUAUGACCGCAUGUUCAAAUGGCUUGUGGGACGGAUCAACCGCACCCUGUACACCUCCCUGCCUCGCCAGUACUUCAUAGGGGUGCUGGACAUCGCUGGGUUUGAGAUCUUUGAAUUCAACAGCUUUGAGCAGCUGUGCAUCAACUUCACCAAUGAGAAACUGCAACAGUUUUUCAACCACCACAUGUUCAUCCUGGAGCAGGAGGAGUACAAGAGGGAGGGCAUCGAAUGGACCUUCAUCGACUUCGGGCUGGACCUUCAAGCCUGCAUUGAUCUCAUUGAAAAGCCACUGGGCAUCAUGUCCAUCCUUGAAGAGGAGUGCAUGUUCCCCAAGGCCACAGACAGCAGCUUUAAAGCCAAGUUGUAUGACAAUCACAUUGGCAAAUCACCUAAUUUCCAAAAGCCAAGGCCGGACAAGAAGCGCAAGUACGAGACGCAUUUUGAGCUGGUGCACUAUGCCGGAGUGGUACCAUAUAACAUUAUUGGCUGGCUGGACAAAAAUAAGGACCCACUGAACGAGACGGUAGUGGCGUGUUUCCGGAAAUCCUCCAACAAGCUGCUAGCUUCUCUGUACGAAAAUUAUGUUGCCUCGGAUGCAGUGCCCGAACACAAGAGUGGCAGCAAGGAGAAGAGGAAGAAGGCUGCCUCCUUCCAGACCGUGUCUCAGCUUCACAAGGAAAACCUGAAUAAGCUGAUGACCAAUCUCCGCAGCACCCAGCCACACUUUGUUCGCUGCAUCAUCCCUAAUGAGACCAAGACUCCAGGGAUCAUGGAUGCAUUCCUGGUGCUGCACCAGCUGCGCUGCAACGGUGUGCUGGAAGGCAUCAGGAUCUGCAGAAAAGGCUUUCCCAACCGCAUCCUCUACGCUGAAUUUAAACAGCGCUACCGCAUCCUGGACCCCCAUGCCAUCCCAGAUGAUAAGUUCAUGGACAGCAGGAAGGCUGCAGAGAAGCUGCUGGCCUCCCUGGAAAUUGACCAAAGCCAGUUUAGAUUUGGACACACAAAGGUGUUCUUCAAAGCAGGCCUGCUGGGUCACCUCGAAGAACUGAGGGAUGAGCGUCUGGCCAAAGUCCUGAUGCUGCUGCAGGCAGCCGCUCGUGGCAGACUCAUGAGGAUGGAGCUGAAAAAGAUCAUGGAAAUGAAGGAGGCUCUGAUGAUAAUCCAGUGGAACAUCCGGGCCUUCAAUGCUGUCAAGCACUGGCCCUGGAUGAAGCUCUUCUUCAAAAUCAAGCCUCUACUGAAAAGUGCUGCCACAGAGAAAGAGCUGAUCGCUCUGAAGGAGGAGAUGGCCAAGCUGAAGGAGGCUCUGGAGAAAUCUGAGGUCAAACGCAAAGAGCUGGAGGAGAGACAGGUCAGCCUGGUCCAAGAGAAGAAUGAUCUCUCUCUACAGCUGCAGGCAGAGCAGGACAAUCUUGCAGAUGCCGAGGACCGCUGUGACCUACUCAUCAAAACUAAGAUCCAGCUGGAGGCCAAAGUGAAAGAACUCAUGGAAAGGCUGGAUGAUGAGGAGGAGAUGAACGCUAAUGUGCUCGCCAAGAAGCGCAAGCUCGAGGACGAGUGCGCUGAGCUCAAGAAAGACAUUGAUGAUCUGGAGAUCACACUGGCUAAAGUGGAAAAGGAGAAACAUGCCACUGAGAACAAGGUGAAGAACCUGAUUGAGGAAAUGGCAGUUCUAGAUGAAACCAUACUGAAGUUGACCAAAGAGAAGAAGGCUCUUCAGGAGGCUCACCAGCAGACUCUGGAUGACUUGCAGGCAGAAGAAGACAAAGUCAACAGUCUGACCAAAGCCAAGGCAAAGCUGGAGCAACAAGUAGAUGAUCUGGAGGGAUCACUGGAACAGGAGAAGAAGGUGCGUUUGGACCUGGAACGGGCCAAACGUAAGCUGGAAGGAGAUCUGAAACUCUCCUUGGAGUCGGUUAUGGACUUGGAGAAUGACAAGCAACAACUUGAGGAGGUCCUGAAAAAGAAAGACUUUGAAAUAAAUGCGAUGAGCUCAAGGAUUGAAGAUGAGCAAGCCUUAGUAAAUCAGCUCCAGAAGAAGAUAAAGGAGCUACUGGCUCGCACAGAGGAGCUGGAGGAGGAACUGGAGGCUGACCGGGCUUGCAGGGCCAAAGUAGAAAAGCAGCGUGGAGAUGUGGCUCGUGAGCUCGAAGAGCUAAGCGAGCGCCUGGAGGAGGCUGGUGGGGCCACCUCGGCCCAGAUCGAGAUCAACAAGAAGAGAGAGGCGGAUUUUCUGAAGAUGCGCCGAGACCUAGAGGAAGCCAUGCUGCACCACGAGGCCACGACGGCUACCUUGCGAAAGAAGCAUGCCGACAGCGUCGCAGAGCUGAGCGAGCAGAUCGACAGUCUGCAGCGAGUCAAGCAGAAGCUGGAGAAGGAGAGGAGCGAGGCAAAGAUGGAGGUUGAUGAUCUGGCCUCUACUGUGGAGCAGCUCUCAAAGGGCAAGGCGACUUCAGAGAAGACGUGUCGCCUGUAUGAAGACCAAAUGAAUGAGGCUAAAGCCAAGGUUGAGGAGCUCCAGAGGCAGCUCAAUGACACCACAACCCAAAAGGCCCGUGCUCAGUCCGAGAGUGCCGAGUUGAGCAGGAAGCUUGAAGAGCGGGAAUCCAUGGUCUCCCAGCUCCAGCGUGCCAAGAACUCCUUCGGCCAAAAUGUCGAGGAGCUCAAGAAACAGCUGGAAGAGGAGAAUAAGGCUAAGACCGCCCUGGCUCAUGCACUGCAGUCAUCUCGUCAUGACUGUGAUCUUCUGAGAGAGCAGUAUGACGAGGAGCAGGAAGCCAAGGCUGAGAUGCAGAGAAGUCUGUCCAAGGCUAACGCUGAGGUGGCUCAGUGGAGGACUAAGUAUGAAACUGACGCCAUCCAGAGGACUGAGGAGCUGGAGGAAGCCAAGAAGAAGCUGGUGACACGUCUGCAGGAUGCUGAAGAGACAGUGGAGGCUUCCAAUGCCAAGUGUUCUUCUCUGGAGAAGACAAAACAUCGGCUCCAGACAGAGAUCGAGGACCUGGUUAUUGAUCUGGAGCGUGCCAAUGCUGCAGCCGCUGCCUUGGACAAGAAGCAACGCAACUUUGACAAGGUGCUGGCUGAGUGGAAACAGAAGUAUGAAGAGUGCCAGGCAGAGCUGGAGAGCUCUCAAAAAGAGUCGCGUGGUCUGAGCACAGAGCUCUUCAAACUGAAGAACUCUUAUGAGGAAACCCUGGAUCAUCUGGAGACUGUCAAGAGGGAGAACAAGAACCUUCAAGAGGAGAUCGCUGACCUGACCGAUCAAAUCAGUCAGGGAGCGAAGACCAUCAGUGAGCUGGAGAAAAUAAAGAAGAGUCUGGACAUGGAGAAAAGCGAGAUUCAAGCUGCCCUGGAGGAAGCCGAAGGCACUCUGGAGCAUGAAGAAAGCAAAACUCUCCGCAUCCAGCUGGAGCUGAACCAGAUCAAGGCUGAUGUUGACAGGAAGCUGGCAGAGAAGGAUGAAGAAAUUGAAAACCUUCGCCGCAACCACCAGAGAACACUGGAGUCCAUGCAGGCCACCUUGGAUGCCGAGGCCAAGUCUCGCAACGAGGCAGUGCGCCUGAGGAAGAAGAUGGAGGGCGACCUGAAUGAGAUGGAGGUGCAGCUGAGCCAUGCCAACAGGCAGGCCGCUGAGUCCCAGAAACUCGUGAGAAACCUGCAGGUUCAGAUUAAGGACAUUCAGUUGGAGCUGGACGACACUCUUCACAAGAACGAGGAGCUGAGGGAGCAGGUGGCGGUGACAGAGCGCCGCAAUAACCUGCUAGCUGCUGAGGUUGAGGAGCUAAGGGCCCUGCUGGAGCAGAACGACCGUGCACGCAAGCUAGCUGAGCAUGAGCUGCUUGAGGCCACUGAGAGGGUCAACCUGUUGCACUCCCAGAACACUGGGCUGAUCAACCACAAGAAGAAACUGGAGCAUGAUCUGUCCACACUGUCAAAUGAGGUGGAUGAUGCUGUGCAGGAGUGCCGCAAUGCAGAGGAGAAGGCCAAAAAGGCCAUCACUGAUGCGGCAAUGAUGGCAGAGGAGCUGAAGAAGGAGCAGGACACCAGCGCCCAUCUGGAGAGGAUGAAGAAGAACAUGGAGCAGACCAUAAAAGAUCUGCAGAUGCGUCUGGACGAAGCUGAGCAGAUCGCCCUCAAGGGCGGCAAGAAGCAGGUCCAGAAGCUGGAAGCUAGGGUCAAAGAACUGGAGAAUGAAUUGGAAGCUGAGCAAAAGAAGAGUCAAGAGUAUCAGAAGGGAGUACGCAAGUAUGAGAGGAGAAUCAAAGAGCUCUCCUACCAGGCUGAGGAAGACAAGAAGAACCUGGCCCGCCUGCAGGACCUCAUCGACAAGCUGCAGGUCAAGCUGAAGAGUUUCAAGAGACAGGCUGAGGAAGCGGAGGAGCAGGCAAACACCAACCUCUCCAAGUACAGGAAGCUCCAGCAUGAGCUUGAUGAUGCAGAGGAGAGGGCUGAUACGGCCGAAUCGCAGGUCAACAAGCUCCGGAUCCGCACCAGGGAUCAAGGUAGCAAGCAUGCUGAAUGAUGUGAGGCUGAACGCUGCGGACAAACAUAUCAUAGCCAGCCAGCUGCAACAGCUGUGCUCGACUGUGACAACGCACCCAAAUAAAGACUUCAAAUAUAUACUUUAAAUAUGACUGAUUUGUUUUUUCAGUGUGAAUAUGUGAUAAAGAUAGAAAUCCCACAAAAGAGGUCUAAAGAAAAUUUAUUAUAUUAUUCAUUUGACAAACAGCUGUUAAAUAAAGAAAAUGAAGUUCAAUACCAGCAUUAGAGAAGGAACAUGUGGGUGAAUGUUGGUUACAGAAGUUGUUAUAGUAGAAACUAAAACAUGAAUCUUUUCUCUGUUUGUUUGAAGGUCAAACAGGGUUAGAAAGAUUAAGACUGGAGUGUGCAGAGGUGAAUUUUUAACACUACCAUGUGAGAUUUUAUGCAUCUUUUUAAUGCCAACACAUAAGAAAAACAUGGGUCGUUAUCUAAAAUGGAUUUUAAUUUUACACCAUGAAUAUUAUCCACUGUCAGCAUCUCAAGGUUGUUCCUUUCGAUACACACCACAGAUGCUGUCGAUCAUGGUGAGGUGAGACAAUCAUAUCUGAUCGAAAAAAGCACCACAUGGUCUGAGAUCUGAGUGUGAGUUUAGGACAGGCUGCAAAAUAUAUCUAAGAAUAUCCUCAUCAUGCCAAACGUUACAUAAAUCUCCAGCUAAUAAAAGUCAAAAGGGAUCUAAAAUAAAAACCAAGUAGUGUUAUGUUUAACACUGUGCAGCAUGUUCUUGGCCAAGGGGAUAACAUUUCACCAUUUCUAUACAAACUAAUGACUGAAAGCUAAGGCCUACUAGGAGCAUCACACCACAUACAGCAUUAAGAACCAUUUCUCUUGUGCAUCAUACAGAGGGAUCACUCUCUCUGAAAAUUCAGAUCACAAAGCUACAGAAGUCAGAGAUUGUUUAUAUAGGCGCUCCAGAAGAGCACUCACAACAUUCAUGUUUUUAUGCCGAUAGUUGACUUCCAUGGUGAAUGACUGGAGUGGCGAGAAGAGAUCUGGAUCAAUGAUAACACACAGUCAGUACCCUGUGUCAAAUCACAUUUUGUUGUAGCAAUUAUCUCGGGCAUCCAUCCAGCAAAGAAACUGAGAGUUUAUAAGAGAGAAGCACUUGUAAAGUGUGUUAACUUCACUGCAAAGCACAAAAGAUGAACUAAUUCAAGGUAUGUGCAACACCCAUCAAGAGAUUUAAGACAUGCUGAAUGAAAGCUAGAAAAAGAGGAAACAUUUCUGGUUAAUUAGCUUUAAAGCAAAUAAAAGGCUUUCAAAGUGUAAAGGACGUUUGUGUUUGCAUCCCAAAAGGCGGCAUAGCACUAGUAACUCAUGGCAUCAGGGGCCAACUGUAGAAAUGCCCUUAUACAUUCACAUGAACAUGUAUUAUGAGUCAUGACAUGCUGGGAGUAAAACUGUACACUUGUCGUUAGGAGUGGUUUGAUCUGUGUCAGGAUAAAAUAUGAGGUAGCUCAUCCAUUUGUACUUAUCUCAGGGCUGGGGCUGUUUAAUUUGAGAUAACGAAUAUCUAUUCAGCUCCGCUCCUUCCAUUCCCACUAAAGGGCUGCACAUUCAGGCUGUGGACACAUCGUCAACAUGCCCACUGCUUCAUCUUUAUCCAAACUAAAGAUCGAGUGGUGUCAUGCAAAAAGUCGUCACAGAAAGAUUGUCAUUCUCAGCAUGUAGUCAGAGAUUUUGAGAGACCGCACAUCGUGGUAUACCUUCCACUCGAUGCUAAUGACGCUGGGCAGAAAGCUAAUUCACAUCAAUGCUGCGUGGACUGGAACAAUGAAAGUGGUUUCUUAACACUAGCGCCUGCAUAGUUUAUUCUCUUCCCAAAGCAUCUGUCACAACAUGGAUACAAAUUCUGUUACAAAAUGAAAAACGUUUUUAAUCAACAAAUGUGUUAAAAUAUAAUAAACAAUAAAAACAAUUUAAUCUGUGCAAUGUUUUAUUCUACAGUUUAUCCAGAGCUAAAAGCCAUUGUUUUCAACAAGACAAAAAGUAAAUCAACCAAAAAAAAAAAAAAAAAAAAA